UGCAGAGUCGCGCCAAAAGAACUGUCAAAUUGUCAAAAAAUUGAAAUAAUCAAAUAUUAAAAAUUCCGAGAUUUUCUACAUCAACUUUUGUCUUUUUCCUUCUACUACAAUCUGUUGAAAAAUGGAUUCGGAUAUUUCGAAAAUUACACCAGAAGAGUGGAUAAAACGAGAAGAAUAUUUCUUGGAACUCUUGAAAAACCCGAGUAUACGAAACCAAAUACCACUACUGAACAUUGAGGAUGUGCAAAACUUCAAAAACUCAACUUUGGUGAGAUUCCAGGGUAUGAUUCAAGAUAUGCAUAGUCCAGAAUUAUAUCUGGACAAGUUUGAUAUUGUGAAUGAGCAAUCUAAUGAGAAACAUCAUGGAAGCAGCAGGUACUGUGAUGAAGUUGAAACUAAGGAAAAUGAAUACAUACAUUUCCACAGUUCCUCCAAACAUAUCGCCGAAAGACAAACUUAUGUAGUAAUUUCUGUGCCUGGUGUAAACAGUUGGUCCCAAAUUACAAAAGCAAAUGAGAAUGUAAAAAUGUGUCCAUCCAGUGGAAGUUGCCCAAAAAAACGCACUCUUGAAGAAUCUAUGGAAACUGAAAGUGGACAACAUUCUACAAUAAAUGAGAAAUGUAAUAAGAAAAUCAACUGCAAUGAGAAUGUGAUUGCAGGAAAUAGUAGCAAGAUAGACAAUAAAUCUACAAAUUUAAUUGAACAUUUCAAAUCUUGCUUUCCUUUACCUGAAGAAACUGGGCAGAUAUUCCAUUUGAAAGUGUACAAGAAUCAAGAAAACCUGAAACUGAAUGAUGUCUGUGAAUUUGUGGGAUUUUUAGCUGUGGGCCCCUUGACAAUUGGUGAUCCAGAAAAUGAAGAAAAUGAGAUGGAAUUCCAAACUCUAUGCCCCCCUUCUUCCUUAGUUCCAAGAAUACACUGUGUCAGUUUUGAAAAAAAUUGUCAUAACAAUCCAUUGAUCCUGAACAAAGAUGAAAUGAAUCUCACAGAAUUCAAUUUGGUCUAUAAGGAUUUACUUUUAAUCCUCACUCAACUGCUCCUAGGAGAUGAUCUAGCAGCAGAGUAUAUGAUUUUUCACCUAAUAUCAGAGAUCUAUAUGCGUCCAAACUAUUUGCCACUAGGGAAGUUCUCUUUGAACAUAUCUAACAUACCAAAAUUAGAUCUAGACUAUGUGAGUGAAUUAUACAAAUUUAUAGAGAGGUUUGUCCCAAAAAGUUAUUACCUUCCAUUGACAUUAGAUAAUUUGAAUGAGCUGAAAUUUGUACCAAAAAAGAACAAUGAAAGUAAUAGUUUGACUUCUGGCAUACUUCAGUUGAGUAAUAAUACUCACUUGGUUUUGGAUGAAACAAAGCUGAAUCCUGGGAAACUCAACACUGCUGGAAUAAAUAAUGUGAAAACCAUAAUUGAGGCUAUCAAAAACCAAAAAGUAGCAUAUGAUUUCAAUUAUUAUCCCCUAGAGUUUGAUUGUGACAUUCCUUUUUUGAUAUUUUCUGAAGGUAAAUCCAUGCUCUCUUCUGAUGUCCAUGUUGUACUAGAACCAGACCUGUUUUGUGCAAAUACAAUCAAGGAAAUCUUUGAAGCAGCAGAGCAAUUUCUGAAACCUGAUAUUCUGGAUGGUAUUAGAAGAUACCUUACAUUGGCUAGGCUAACACAAUAUGAACUUACUGAUAAGGUUGAGGAGUUGGUUACAAAUGAGUUUGUGAACAUGAGACAACAAGGAGCUGUCUCAGCUGAUGAUCUUCACAGCAUGCUUGUAUUAUCAAGGUUAGUUGCUAUUUCACAAGGGAAACCCAAUCUUGAUGAGGAGAGUUGGACAAAGGCAUGUAGACUUGAGCACCAACGGAAGGACAGAUUAAAUAAGAAGCCUUGUAAUGUAGAUUAAGUAUAAUUUCUGUAAUUUCUGCAUGUUCUCAAGUCAACACAUUGAAGAACAAUAUACUUUUUGUUUGAAAAAUUUGUCACAUCAUUUGA